ACACACCCCUGCCCAGCCUCCUGCCCGCCUCCGCCUUCGGAGGCUGACGCGCCCCGGCGCCGUUCCAGGCCUGUGCAGGGCGGAUCGGCAGCCGCCUGGCGGCGAUCCAGGGCGGUGCGGGGCCUGGGCGGGAGCCGGGAGGCGCGGCCGGCAUGGAGGCGCUGCUGCUGGGCGCAGGGUUGCUGCUGGGCGCUUACGUGCUUGUCUACUACAACCUGGUGAAGGCCCCGCCGUGCGGCGGCAUGGGCAACCUGCGGGGCCGCACGGCCGUGGUCACGGGCGCCAACAGCGGCAUCGGAAAGAUGACGGCGCUGGAGCUGGCGCGCCGGGGAGCGCGCGUGGUGCUGGCCUGCCGCAGCCAGGAGCGCGGGGAGGCGGCUGCCUUCGACCUCCGCCAGGAGAGUGGGAACAAUGAGGUCAUCUUCAUGGCCUUGGACUUGGCCAGUCUGGCCUCGGUGCGGGCCUUUGCCACUGCCUUUCUGAGCUCUGAGCCACGGUUGGACAUCCUCAUCCACAAUGCCGGGAUCAGUUCCUGUGGCCGGACCCGCGAGGCGUUUAACCUGCUGCUUCGGGUGAACCAUAUCGGUCCCUUUCUGCUGACACAUCUGCUGCUGCCUUGCCUGAAGGCAUGUGCCCCUAGCCGCGUGGUGGUGGUAGCCUCAGCUGCCCACUGUCGGGGACGUCUUGACUUCAAACGCCUGGACCGCCCAGUGGUGGGCUGGCGGCAGGAGCUGCGGGCAUAUGCUGACACUAAGCUGGCUAAUGUACUGUUUGCCCGGGAGCUCGCCAACCAGCUUGAGGCCACUGGCGUCACCUGCUAUGCAGCCCACCCAGGGCCUGUGAACUCGGAGCUGUUCCUGCGCCAUGUUCCUGGAUGGCUGCGCCCACUUUUGCGCCCAUUGGCUUGGCUGGUGCUCCGGGCACCAAGAGGGGGUGCCCAGACACCCCUGUAUUGUGCUCUACAAGAGGGCAUCGAGCCCCUCAGUGGGAGAUAUUUUGCCAACUGCCAUGUGGAAGAGGUGCCUCCAGCUGCCCGAGACGACCGGGCAGCCCAUCGGCUAUGGGAGGCCAGCAAGAGGCUGGCAGGGCUUGGGCCUGGGGAGGAUGCUGAACCCGAUGAAGACCCCCAGUCUGAGGACUCAGAGGCCCCAUCUUCUCUAAGCACCCCCCACCCUGAGGAGCCCACAGUUUCUCAACCUUACCCCAGCCCUCAGAGCUCACCAGAUUUGUCUAAGAUGACGCACCGAAUUCAGGCUAAAGUUGAGCCUGAGACCCAGCUCUCCUAACCCUCAGGCCAGGAUGCUUUCCAUGGCACUUCAUGGUCCUUGAAAACCUCGGAUGUGUGCCAGGCCAUGCCCUGGACACUGACGGGUUUGUGAUCUUGACCUCCAUGGUUACUUUCUGGGGCCCCAAGCUGUGCCCUGGACAUCUCUUUUCCUGGUUGAAGGAAUAAUGGGUGAUUAUUUCUUCCUGAGAGUGACAGUAACCCCAGAUGGAGAGAUAGGGGUAUGCUAGACACUGUGCUUCUCGGAAAUUUGGAUGUAGUAUUUUCAGGCCCCACCCUCAUUGAUUCUGAUCAGCUCUGGAGCAGAGGCAGGGAGUUUGCAAUGUGAUGCACUGCCAACAUUGAGAAUUAGUGAAUUGAUCCCUUUGCAACCGUCUAGCUAGGUAGUUAAAUUACCCCCAUGUUAAUGAGGCGGAAUUAGGCUCCCGAGCUAAGGGACUCGCCUAGGGUCUCACACUGAGUAAGGAGGAGGGCCUGGGAUCUGAACCCAAGGGUCUGAGGCCAGGGCCGACUGCCGUAAGAUGGGUGCUGAGAAGUGAGUCAGGGCAGGGCAGCUGGUAUCGAGGUGCCCCAUGGGAGUAAGGGGACGCCUUCCGGGCGGAUGCAGGGCUGGGGCCAUCUGUAUCUGAAGCCCCUCGGAAUAAAGCGCGUUGACCGCCGAGGCUGCGCUCGCUCCUGCCUCAACGCGCCGGCCCCGCCCUCCGCCGCCACACUUCCGGCGGGGCUGCGACCGCCGAGGGGCGCGGGCGAGCGAGCGGGCGGCCGGCCGCUGGGGGUGGCGGGAUAGGCUGGGCGCGGCCGGCGCUGCAGACCCGCUGCUGUUGUCCGGGUCUGUGCGGUCCCGAGGGCCCUCCGUGCCGCCGGCGCCAUGGGCAAUUGCCACACGGUGGGGCCCAACGAGGCGCUGGUGGUUUCAGGAAGCCCAGACUCUGAGCUGAGAAGACAAAAGCUCCAGUUCCAUCCUUGUGGAAAGUCUUGGGACUGAGGGGCAAGAAGAGCCCCAGAGAUGGGUUGCUCUGUGCCUUCCAGUUACUGAGAACCUGGUCUUCAGAACAGAAGUCAAUGCACUGUUAGCUUCAACGCUAUUUUAGGGGUGGGAAGAGGAGAUCUUGCUGAGAACUGAGGAUGCUGGAGUCAGGGAAGCAGAGAAGGUUGGCGGGGGUGGCAGAUAAUGCCUGGCACAAUGAUACCUUGGGAUUUGAGAUGGUCAAGCUGAGAUCCAGCUCCCUCGUGUGUGUGGACUCCUGAGAGAGCAGAGCAACUGCCCCCACCCCUGCCCCCACCUGUCUGCCUUGCUCCUUGGACCUGCGUCUAAGACCAGAGGCAUCUCACCCAGCCCAGUUUCAGAAGGAGGAUGCUAAUACAUCUCAUGGUCAUCUUUUCCAUCCUUUCUUAUUAUCUAACUUCCCUCCUUCAGUUUGUAACAUAAAACCUUUUUUCUCUCUACUUUUGAAAAUUUUAAAGGGGAAUGCUUUUCAUUUGGAUGGAGUCGGGGGAUGGGGAUAAGGGGGGAGAAAAGCAUAAUUUUCUUUUCACUCACCCUAACUGAAAUUUAGUGUUUUCUGUGAUUAUGAAUGUUGGCAACAAUUCAUGAUAGUAUUAGCAGAAAGUUUCCUACUACACUACAGUUAUUUCUGGUACCUUGAAAAUCUAUUGGCCGGGCACGGUGGCUCAUGCCUGUAAUUCCAGCACUUUGGGAGGCCGAGAUGGGAGGAUCAACUGAGGUCAGGAGUUGGAGACCGUUCUGGCUAACAUGGUGAAAUCCCGUUUCUGUUAAAAAUACAAAAAAUUAGCCGGGCAUAGUGAUGCAUGCUUGUAAGCGUCUCAAAAAAAAAAAGGAAAUAAUUCAUCUGUAUUUUGGCAUUAAGCUAAUAAUUAGAUUUACCACUAGAUCUUACUAUUUAAUGUAUUAAUAAAGAAUGGCAUUACUAAUAUUGCACACUUGGUUUUAAAUUUUGAUAACUUUCAAUAUAAUUUCUUAGGUAUUUAUUUUAUGAAUUUAUAAGUAUUCUUGGCCAGACUAAUGCCUGUAAUUCCAGCAAUUUGAGAGGCUGAGGCAGAUGGAUCACUCGAGGCCAGGAGUUUGAGACCAGCUUGGGCAAUAUGGCAAAACUCUGUCUCUACCAAAAAAAAAAAAAAUUAGCCAGGAGUGGUGGCACAUACCUGUGGUCCCAGCUACUCCAGAGGCUGAGGUGGGAGGAUCGCUUGAGCCCAGGAGGCAGAGGAUGCAUUGAGCCAAGAUCACACCACUGCACUCCAGCCUGGGCAACAGAGUGAGACCCUGUUUCAAUAAAUAAAUAAAUAAAUAAUAAACAAAUAUUCUUGAGGAGGGGUUCUUAGGCAUUGCUGGAUUGCUAAAGGGGUAUGUGGCUCAAAAAAGACUAAACCCCCUAGUAGGAUAUGGACUUUUUUUUUUUUUUUUUUGAAAUACAGUCUUACUCUGUCACCCAGGCUACUAGAGUGCAGUAGCAUGAUCACAGCUCACUGCAGCCUCGACCUCCCAGUCUCAAGCAAUCCUCCCACCUCAGCCUCCCAAGUAGCUGAGACUAUAAGUGGACGCCACCGCACUCAUUAUUAAAAAAAAAAAAAAAAAAGAAAGGUCUUGCUCUGUUGCCCAGGCUGGAGUGCAGUGGUAUGACUUCAGCUCACUGCAGCCUCCACCUACCAGGUUCAAGCCAUUCUCAUGUCUCAGCCUCCCAAGUAGCUGGGAUUACAGGCGCACGCCACAGUGCCCAGCUAAUUUUUAUAUUUUUAGUAGAGACAGGGUUUCACCAUGUUGGCCAGGCAUUUCUCAAACUCCUGGCCUCAAGUGAUCUGCCCACCUCGGCCUCCCAAAGUGCUGGGAUUACAGGUGUUAGCCACCAUGCCUGGCUGCUAAUUUUUAAUUUUUUGUAGAGACAGGGUCUCCCUGUGUUGCCCAGACUGUUCUCAAACUCCUGGGCUCAAGCAAUCCUCCCACCUCAGCCUCCCAAAGUGCUGGAAUUACAGUCAUGAGCCAUCAUGCCCAGCCAAGAUAUGGACUUCUUGACUAGUAGGAAGAAAGUGGGCUGGACACAGUGGCUCACACUUGUAAUCCCAGCACUUUAGGAGACCGAGGUGGGAGGAUAACUUGAGGCCCAGAGUUUGAGACCAGCUUGUGCAACAUAGUGAUGUAACAGGACGAGCUGCAGACAAAACUUCUCAGAUACUGAGUUGUAGAAGGAAGGGCUUUAUUCAGCUGGGAGCAUCGGCAAGCUACUGCCUUAAAAUCCGAGCUCCUUGAGUGCCCCAUUUCUGUCCCUUUUAAGGACUCACAACACUAAAGAUUUCACAUGAAAGAGUCGUGAUUGAUAGAGCAAUCUAGGGGAUACGUAACGGGUUUCAUGCACUGGUAGUCAGAGUGAAACAGAAUAGGGCAGGGAGUUUCACAAUGUUCGUCUAUAAAAUGUCUGCAAUCUAUGAAUAACAUCGGUUUCUAAGUUAUGAGUUGAUUUUUAACUACUAGGUUUAGGCCAGGCAGGCCCAGGCCUGGUUUCGGGCCUGGCGCUGGGCUGCCUGUCUUUGAUUUCACUGCCUUGUUUUUUUUCUUAAAACAGGUACUGAGUAUAAAACAAUAUGAGAGGGUCUCUCUCUUCCCUCAGCGAGACCCUGUCUCUACAAAAACAAUUCUUUUUAAUUAGACAGGCAUUGCGGUGUAUGGAAGGCUGAGGCUGGAGGAUCGCUUGAGCCCGUGAGUUCAAAGCUGCAGUGAGCUGUGAUUACACCACUGCAUUCAGCCUGGGUGACAGAGCACAAUACUGUCUCAGAAAAAAAAAAAAAAAAAGAA